AUGAAGUUGGUCAUGCCUGGAGGACUAAGCAUCCAUUGUUGGAUCCACAGACUGGGUCUUAUUCACGUCUCACCGCACCACCACCCCACCAUCCCUCCAUGCCACCACCAUCCCUCCAUGCCAAACAUCAUCCCUCCUUCCACCACCAUCCCUCCAUGCCACCACCAUCCCUCCAUGCCACCAUCCCCAUGCACCUCCCUCCAUGCCACCACCAUCCCUCCAUGCCACCACCCUCCCGCCAUUCCACCACCCCAUCCCAUGCCCCCACCAUCCCUCCAUGCCACCCCAUCCCUCCACCACCACAUCCCUCCAUGCCACCACCACCCCAUGCCACCACCAUCCCCCAUGCCACCACCCUCCCCACCAUCCCUCCAUCCACCAACCCCCAGCCACCACCUCCAUGCCCCCACCUCCACCACACCAUCCCUCCAUGCCACCACACCACCCCACCAUCCCUCCAUGCCACCACACAUCCCCUCACCAUGCCACCAUCAUCCCUCCAUGCCACCACCAUCCCUCCAUGCCACCACUAUCCCUCCAUGCCACCACCAUCCCUCCAUGCCACCGCCAUCCCUCCAUGCCACCACCAUCCCUCCAUGCCACCAACAUCCCUCCAUGCCACCCACCCACCACCAUCCCUCCAUGCCCACCACAUCCUCCAUGCCACCACCAUCCUCCAUGCCACCACCAUCCCUCCAUGCCACCACCAUCCCUCCAUGCCACCACCAUCCCUCCAUGCCACCAACAUCCCUCCAUGCCACCACCAUCCCUCCAUGCCACCACAUCCUCCAUGCCACCAUACCCUCCAUGCCACCACCAUCCCUCCAUGCCACCACAUCCCUCCAUGCACCACCAUCCCUCCAUGCCACCACAUCCCAUGCCACCACCAUCCCUCCAUGCCACCACAUCCCUCCAUGCCACCACCAUCCCUCCAUGCCACCACCAUCCCUCCACCACACCACCCUCCAUGCCACCACCAUCCCUCCAUGCCACCACCAUCCCUCCAUGCCACCACCAUCCCUCCAUGCACACCACACAUCCCUCCAUGCCACCACCAUCCUCCAUGCCACCACCAUCCCUCCAUGCCACCACCAUCCCUCCAUGCCACCACCAUCCCUCCAUGCCACCACCAUCCCUCCAUGCCACCACCACCCCACCAUCCCUCCAUGCCACCACCAUCCCUCCAUGCCACCACCAUCCCUCCAUGCCACCACCAUCCCUCCAUGCCACACCCAAUCCUCCAUGCCACCACCAUCCCUCCAUGCCACCCACCAUCCCUCCAUGCCACCACCAUCCCUCCAUGCCACCACACCAUCCCUCCAUGCCACCACCAUCCUCCAUGCCACCACCAUCCCUCCAUGCCACCACCAUCCUCCAUGCCACCCAUCCCUCCAUGCCACCACCAUCCUCCAUGCCCACACCCCCCUCCAUGCCACCACCACCCAUCCCAUCCAACCAUCCACCACAUCCCCCAUGCCACCAUCCCCACCUCCCACACAUCCUCCAUGCCACACAUCCUCAUGCACCACACCCCAUCCACCACAUGCUCACCACCAUCCCUCCAUGCCACCACCACCCACCAUCCUCCAUGCACCACCACCCACACCACCACCAUCCCUCCAUGCCACACACCAUCCUCCUGCCACCAAGCCACCACCAUCCUUCCAUGCCACCACCACCCCUCCAUGCCACCGCCACCCCUCCAUGCCACCACCAUCCCUCCAUGCCACCACCAUCCCUCCAUGCCACCAACAUCCCUCCAUGCCACCACCAUCCCUCCAUGCCACCACUAUCCCUCCAUGCCACCACCAUCCCUCCAUGCCACCACCAUCCCUCCAUGCCACCACCUUCCCUCCAUGCCACCACUAUCCCUCCAUGCCACCGCCAUCCCUCCAUGCCACCACUAUCCCUCCAUGCCACCACCAUCCCUCCAUGCCACCACCAUCCCUCCAUGCCACCACCAUCCCUCCAUGCCACCACUAUCCCUCCAUGCCACCGCCAUCCCUCCAUGCCACCGCCAUCCACAACCAUCUGUUUCAAAGCAUCUCCAGUCAGCCCAGUAUGUCGCUCUUCCUGUCUCUAAUGCAUGGAGUGUGA